AUGGAGAAAUUAAAAGUAAUCCCUCUACAGCUCUGUACUACCCAUGAACAUGAUAUAGGACUUUUGAAAGAUGCAGAACCUGUGCGUAUAACAUUGAAAGCCUGUGAGCACCUGCCUACGAUCUCAGUGUUCUGCGUUGCAGAAUUAUCACAAGUGUGCUUGGGUCUAUGUUAUAACAGCGAACGAUCAAAAGAUCGGACGCUGUUAUAUCGAACCCAAAACAGCAAGCACAUUUAUCACAAGUCUGCUUUACAGAAUGGGAAGGUGAUGAACUGCAGUAGUACUAGCAGUUAUAAUAUGACUAAGAAAGAAACUUUGUUGGAUUUGAGGAGAAAUAAGAAUUUGGUGCCAGAAAGAUUUGAAGAUGUUGCCAUUGAGUUCUCAAGUGAAGAAUGGAGGAUGCUGAGUAAAGAGGAGAAAGUGUUGUACAAAGAAGUGAUGGUAGAGAACUUUGAGAACAUGGUUUCACUGGGGUACAACAUCCCAGUGGAACGACUUUGUUUACUUAUUGAAAAAGAUGAGGCGAUUCCACCUGGUACUACAAAAAGAGGCAGGAUGGUGCAAAGGGACAUCUCUAACAGCUUGUAUGACAUCCGAAGGAAUGCCGCUUUAAGUGAGAUUCAGAGUCCGCAAUCAUCACGUGGGCAAUACCUUAAUUCUGAAUGUAACAAGGCUUUGCCAGAUGAGAUACCACUCACAGGAUAUGACCUGCCAGAGACUGAAAGCAAGCAGUUUAAUCAUACAGAGUUUAACAAUGGUUGUGACACAAAGACUGAAUCAGACGUUCCUCUGGGAAUUCAUGAAGGGGAUGGACCCAGCAGUUGGUUUAACUGCAGCAAUGGAUUUAUAUUUUAUAACAAGAGCUCAACUGAUCAUUUAAUUUACAAAAAGAAAACACUAAAGAAUGCGUUUACAAAGCAUGACCAGAUAUCCAGUUUUGAGUCUGCUGUACAAGGCAGUGGUUCUAUUAAACAAAACAGUUUAACAGAUCAUCAGAUUACUCAUGCUGGACAGAAAUACACACAGAAGUGUAGCAUAUUAAUGCAACAGCUAGUACACACUAAUCUAAAACCCUUUCAGUGUGCCACAUGUAACAAAAGGUUUAAAUCCAGGAGUAAUUUAGUAGUGCACCAGAGUGUCCAUACUGGCCACAGGCCAUACAAAUGUACUACAUGUGGCAAGGGAUUUACACGUAAGAGUUGCUUGACAGAGCAUCAAAAUACUCAUAUUAAGCAGAAACCAUAUAUAUGUACCACAUGUGGCAAGGGAUUUUCGUGUAAGAGUGGCUUGACAUAUCAUCAAAAUUCUCAUAUUAAGCACAUGCGUUAUAAAUGUACUACAUGUGAAAAGGGUUUUAUAUGUAAGAGUAGAUUGGAAGCACAUGAGAGGGUCCACACUGGAUUGAAGCCGUACAAAUGCUCUACAUGCAACAAAGGAUUUACAUAUAAGAGUAGCCUGAAACAACAUCAACAUAUUCAUAUUAAGCAGAAGCCAUAUACAUGUACCACAUGUGGCAAGGGUUUUAUAUGUAAGAGUAGAUUGGAAAUGCAUGAGAAUAUCCACACUGGACAGAAGCCAUAUAAAUGUAUCACAUGUGACAAGAGAUUUAGAUGCAAGACUAGCAUGGAAGUGCAUGAGAGUGUCCACACUGGACAAAAGCCAUAUAAAUGCACCAUGUGUGGCAAGGGAUUUACAUACAAGAGUAAUUUGAGGCAGCAUAAAAAUACUCAUAUAAAGCAGGAGCUGUAUAAAUGUACAAAAUGUGACAAAGGGUUUAGAAAUAAGAGAAGCUUGGCAGCACAUGAAGGUGUCCACAUGGAACAGAAGCCAUAUAAAUGUACCACGUGUGACAAGGAAUUUAGAUAUAAGAGUAGUAUGGAAGCUCACGAGAGUGUCCACACUGGUCAGAAGCCAUACAAAUGUGCUACAUGCAACAAGGGAUUUACACGCAAGAGAAGUCUGGAAGUGCAUGAAAGUGUCCACACUGGAUACAAUCCAUAUAAAUGUACCAAAUGUGACAAGGAAUUUAGAUAUAAGAGCAGCUUGGAAGUGCACGAGAGUGUCCACACUGGUCAGAAACCAUAUAAGUGUACUAUGUGUGACAAAGGAUUUCCACAUAGGAGGUACUUGAGACAGCAUCAAAAGACUCAUAUUAACCAGGAGUUAUAUAAAUGUACCACGUGUGACAAAGGUUUAAGAGAUAAGAGAAGUAUGGAAGCUCAUGAGAGUGUCCACACUGGUGACAGACCAUACAAGUGUUCUACAUGUAACAAAGGAUUUACAUAUAAGAGUAGACUGACUCAGCAUCAAAAUACUCAUAUGAAGCAGAAGCCAUAUAAAUGUACCAUAUGUGACAAAGGAUUUUCAUGUAAGAGUGGCUUGAGAUAUCAUCAGAAUGCUCAUGUUAAGCAGAUGCGUUAUAAAUGUACCACAUGUGACAAGGAUUUUAUAUGCAAGAGCAGAUUGGAAGCGCAUGAGAGGGUCCACACUGGACUGAAGCCAUAUAAAUGUAGUACAUGUGACAAGGGAUUUACAUAUAAGAGUAGCUUAACAGAACAUCAAAAUACUCACACCAAGCAGAAGCCAUAUAAAUGUACCCAUGUAACAAGGGUUUUACACGAAAGAGUAGACUGGAAGCGCAUGAGAAUAUCCAUAGUGGACAGAAGCCCAUAUAAAUGUAUCACAUGUGGCAAGAGAUUUAGGUACAAGACUAGUAUGGAAGUGCAUGAGAGUGUCCACACUGGACAGAAUGGCCUGAAUGGAGAGAGGAAAAAAUCAGCAAGAAAAGGAAAAUAUUCUUGCUGGAACUAAAUUCAUCCUCAUGUCUUGGUGAGCACCUUCACAUGGUGGACCCUGUUGUCACAAAAUUUCAACAAAAGACAACACUGAUAUACAAACUGCAUUUUGUACAUUGAAGUCAUGGAUUACCUGCCAAGUGAAGGAUUUAGUGUAGAAAAUCCAUGUCCGGUAACAUCACAGCAUGAUGGAACAAUGAGUCCACAAAUUAAGGAGAAAAAGGUGUAAUGGGAAGCAUCUCAUCACCUGCCACAUGAGGAUACAUUGGAGGCUUCAGUAGGAAACCAGUACAAACAUUCAGCUGAAGUUGCAUAGCAAGUGAAGGAACGGGAAACAGUGGCAACUCUGACAUAAUCAAUGCUGUAGGGUGAUAGGCCAGAAAGUUCCCAUAUGAAGGAGCAAUGGAUGACUCAGGAUGCAGGUGAAGAGACUAUGUCACAAGAAGAUGUUCUGGAACAUUUUGUAGAAUGCUUACAGGAAACUGAGAACAAAGAAUGUGCCUCAGUUCAGAAGGAA